AAAUCGAAAGCACUGUGGAGAAGUUAGGUUUUGAUCUGUUGGAUACGGAUAGUUGCAGUUAUGGUCAUCAAGUGGGUGUUGGGCGUAUUCGCCUUCACCGUAGGUUUGCAGAACGUGGCCGAGUCGGCGGGAAUCUGUGGAAAGGCUGCUAUUCGACGACAUUGGUCCGAUUGUCGGAAGUUUGUUGAGUGUGGCGAGGAAACCACCGUAGUAUUCAUAUGCCCGGAACGGAGCUUCUUCAACCCUGUUACAUUGGUGUGUGAUUUCGCCAUGUAUCACGAGUGCUUGGUGGAGAACGAUGCGAACAUUGAAUACUUUGGGUCACGGAAUUUUAUGGAAGCCAAGCCUGGUCAGCUCGUGAUGAAUGGUAGAUGCAACGAGCUCCGAUUGGGAGCAAAGUUUGUGAAUCCGGAUGAUUGCAGUCAGUUCUUCCACUGUUCACCAUCGGGACCCAUGCUGUUCCAGUGUCCUGCCAGUUUGUUGUUCAAUUCAAGAUUAAAUGUCUGCGAUUGGCCACAGAAUGUAGAGGACUGCAGUGGACCAGGGCCAGGUCCUGGUCCAAGUCCAGAUGAAUGUGAAGGAUACUGUAUUCCAGAUUUACGCUGUCCCAACAAUUGCAUCUUUGAUAAUAUUUUUCUACCCCAUCCUGGUGCGUGCAGCUCUUAUUUUGCAUGUGAAAAUGGAUGUGCCUGCUUGAGACAGUGUCAAAAUGGUUUCUUCUGGAGUCACCGACUUCAACGUUGCGUACCCAGUUACGAGUCUGAAUGUGAGAAUCCUAUUCCACUACCGUGCCCUGUCUGCGUAAGGGAUGACCGAUGUCCGUUGGAAGAUGACCUAGACAAUCCAGUUCAACUGCCUCUUCCUGAUCGGUGCGAUGGCUUCUUGAAGUGCCACCAGGGUUAUGCCUGUGUAAUCGACUGCCCUGUCGGUAUGAAUUUCAACCAAAUUACGGGACAGUGCGAAAUUGGGGAAUGUGUAACAACUCCAACUAUCGAAACUACAGAACAAGAACAAGAAACAACAACACCAGAACCUGUAACAACAACAACCCCAAAGCCUAUAACAACAACACCAGCACCUAUAACAACUCCUACGCCAACAACACCAACAGACUGUCCCGUUUGCCCGCCCGGAGUAUGCACUCCCGACGACCGAUGUCCAGUGGGCCCAUGUUUGGAGUGCGAUCCUAUCCUGCUGCCACAUCCGGAACACUGCGACCGGUUCCUCAAGUGUACCCAUGGUUUUGCCUGUGAAAUGUGGUGCCCGGGCGGACUCCACUGGAACAGCGCAGCAAACCGUUGCGAUUGGCCAUUCCUGGGUGACUGUUCCACCGGUCCUAGUUCCACGGGUCCACCGCCAGCCGAUUGCCCACUCGAUUAUCGGUGUCCUGCGUUCGAUAACCCCUGGGAUCCGACCCUGUUGCCACAUCCGGGUGACUGUACCAAGUUCAUCAAGUGCGAGAACAGGCGAGGAUGCGUGAGGAGUUGUCCCGAGGGUCUUCACUGGAGCAUCGCCCAUAACCGAUGCGAGUGGCCGAAUGUUGCUGGAUGUGAUCCGAAAAUUCCGAUAGAUCCCGAGUGUCCGAUUUGUCCCUGUACGCCCUGUCGGAUGAGAGGAGAUCGGCAUCCCUGUGUCGAUAACAGUGCCUGCAAGCGAAACAUGUUGAGCAGUCUCAGUCUUCCGUACGAACAGGACUACACCCGGUUCUACGAAUGUCUAGGUGGCAAGGCCUGUCUGCUGGACUGUCCUCGAGGAACGCGGUUCAACCGAAGCCGACAGCGUUGUGAGGAUGCACGCACGUUGCCCCAUGAUACGGACUGCACCAAGUUCUACAUGUGCGAUAUCCAGGGCAAUGCGCUGGAGAUGAAGUGUCCCAAAAAUACAUUCUUCAGUGUUGAUAGUGGCAUUUGCACGUUUGACGAUUCCGCGUGCUCUGGAGGGGGAAGUGCUCCCGUGGUGAAACCUAUGUUACCGAUCAUCAACAAGGUACCUGUUGCUGAGAGCAACAAUGUUUUCAAGCCUACCUUACCGAUUAUCAGCAACGUAAAUGUUGUUAGCAACACCAAACCAACUUUGCCGAUCAUCACCGGAGUGCCUGUUGCUGAGAAUAGCAACAAAGAUAGUGUGGAAACAGGAAUCCAGAAUAACAUGCAGAAACCUACUUUACCGAUAAUCACCGAUUUAAACGUGGUUGAAAAUAACAAACCUUUUUUGCCGAUCAUCAACGGAGCACCUUUUGCUGAGAAUAACAACAAUGAUCUUGUGGGAUCAGGAGUUCAGAACAAUGUGUUGCGUCCUAACCUACCGAUAAUCACCCAUGUAAACGUUGUUGAAAACAUCAAACCCACGUUGCCUGUCAUUAACGGAUCACCAGUUGCUGAGUAUAACAACAGUGAUCAUGGGGGGACAGGAGUUCAAAACAAUAUGGUGCAUCCUUCUCUGCCGACCAUCAAUAACGUGAAUGUUGCUGAAAAUAGCAACAAAGAUCACGUAGCAUCUGGAGUCGAGAUCAACGUUGUGAAACCAACUUUACCGAUCAUCAACGUUGUUCCGAUAGUUGCAAACAACAAUCAAGAUCGUACAGCACCCCAGAACAGCAUUGGUCUAUUGAAACCUACGUUGCCGAUCAUCAGCAACGUUCCAGAUAACAAUAACAACAAAGAACGUGCAGCUGCACUGGGACCGAUCUGCAGAAAUAAAAAUAAUGGAGUCAAAUUUCCAUUGAUUGAAGAUUGCUUCUCCUAUGUGAUUUGUAUACAACAAAAAGCUUCCAUCUUUACCUGUCCUGAUGGGUUGGCGUAUGACGCUAAAGGUGCCAAGUGUUCUGAUUCAAUCAAGUGUGAGAUGCCCAAACCAAAGCCCCCACCGAAACCCACCCUAACACGACCGGAAAAGCCAGAGGUCGUCCAACCUCAAGUUCCAGUCAACCAAACCCCUGGACACCCAAUGCUUCCACCACUAAACCCGAUUCUACCAAUGCCUGAGCUUCCAGUGAUUCAACCUCAAGUCCCAAUUUACCCUAAGCCAGAUCUCCCAGUAGUCAUACCUCAAGCUCCUAUUCGCCCCAAGCCCGAAACUCCAGCGUUUCCACCCCAAGCACCAAUCCUGCCGUUGCCUGAGCUUCCAGUCAUUAAACCUCAAGUCCCAGUCAAUCCAAAGCCUAAUCUUCCAGAAGUUUUGCCUCAGGUUCCUACUCGCCCCAAGCCCGACCAUCCCGUAAUCCCUCCUCAAGCUCCAAUCCUCCCGAUGCCCGGACUUCCAGUGCUCCCUCCUCAAGCACCAAUCCUGCCAACUCCUGAGCUGCCCGUAAUCCCUCCCCAAGCUCCGAUCUUACCGAUGCCGGAACUUCCCGUCAUACCGACGGAUCCACCCAAGGACACUAUAUCGGGGCCAAUUUUCAUGCCCUACAGCGCCCCGCGCCUCGUCCAGGACUCUCGCUGCAGUGAUCGUUCUGCGCUGAACUCAUCGAUAAUGCUGCCGGCGGUACACGAUUGCACCAAAUUUGUCGUCUGCGUCGGAAGCAUGGCCUACGAGAAGCAAUGUCCCGUGGGUCAACACUGGAGCACGGAGCGCAACUACUGUGACUUUAUUGAUCGGGCAAAGUUUUCUCGGAAAAUUCAGUUAUUGCUCAAAUUUAGUUUGUGUGAAAAGGUCAUGAAAUACAUCAUUCUCGUCACUACCCUUUUUGGGAUUUACACUAACGCACAAGCACCGUGCAAUGGAGGCUGUUUGUCCAACUGUCCGGUAGACAACCGGUGUCCAGCCACAAAUCUACUAGAAGCUACGCUCUUACCUCACUUGUCUGACUGUUCAAAGUUUAUCAAGUGCGAGAAUGGACACGGCUGUGAACAAGACUGCCCGCCGGGACUACACUUCAACGAACGGGAGAAAGCCUGCGAUUGGCCUGGCAAUUCUUGCUGCGAUCCGUCCGUUCCGUGUGGUCCUCCUGCUACGGCCGAUCCUCCCACAACAACCUGCGAAGCCAAUCCCAACUGUCCAGCGGUGAACCCUUUGCAACCGGUUCUGCUGCCCCAUGUUCAGUGCUCCAAGUUCUUCAAGUGUCACAAUGGAAACGCUUGCGAGUACGAUUGUCCCUCUGGGCUGCACUUCAACGCUAGGGAAUUGACGUGUGAUUGGCCAUGGCGAGCGUGCUGCGAUCCAGCGGUUCCCUGUGAUCCGUGCCCAACCUGCCCACCACCACAGGAUACUACCACAACGACAACCCCAAUGCCGACCACCCCUACCCCAACAACCCCAAAACCAACCACGCCAGAACCUACGACAACAACUCCAUUGCCAACCACUACAGCCGUACCAACCCCCGAUCCCACGCCAGGAGACUGUCCGGUUUGCCAGAUGAACUGUGAACUAGACACGCGCUGCCCGGCCACGAACAUUGCAAAACCACUCCUGCUUCCGAAUCCGGCCAAAUGUUCCGAGUUCUUCAAGUGUGAAACUGGCCGUGCCUGCCGCAUGAUUUGCCCCGGUGGGCUGCACUUCAACCAGAAGACCGAAGUCUGCGAUUGGCCGUGGAAUGCGUGCUGUGAUCCGGCGGUAACGUGCGUCAAGUCGUGCAUACCGGGGGUGACCUGUCCGCCGAGGAUACAAACAAUAGAAAUGGUCAAGUUUUUGCUCCUGCUGGCGCUCGUGGUGGCUCCAGCGGCCGUGGUACAAGGUUGUCUAACGUGCAGAGUUGUUGUAUGUUGGCCACACCCUAGCUGUCCAGCCACGGACCUUGUUCAAACUUUCCUUCCUCAUGCUGACUGUGCGAGAUUUUACAAAUGCAGUAACGGUAUCAAGUGCGAAAUGAACUGUCCUGCCGGUUUGCACUGGAGUGUAAAUCUAGUUCGUUGUGAAUGGCCUAAUAUUGCGUGCUGUGAUCCAAGUAUUCCCUGCACCCCGGGACCGGCACCUGUCCCAACAACCACAGCGGCACCGAUUCCGACAAUUCCCAUUACAACUCCACCGGCACCAGUAACAACGACAGCGGCGCCAAUUCCUACAAUUCCUAUAACGACUACACCGGCACCAAUCACGACAACAGCGGCGCCGAUUCCAACAAUACCCAUAACGACCACACCGGCACCAGCUCCAAUCACGACUACAGCAGCGCCAAUUCCAACAAUUCCUAUUACAACAACGCUGGCACCUACUCCAAUACCCACGAUUCCUCCGAUUGGACCAGCUCCAAAUAACUGCCUUGCCGAUACCAGAUGUCCGGCGAACGAGAAUCCAAACAACCCGACUCUUAUACCGCACGAAAGAGAUUGCAAGUACUUCUACAAGUGCGCCAACGGUGAACGUUGUCCGAUGGAGUGUCCCCCGGGUCAGCACUUUGGCGUUCAGCUCGGACGUUGCGACUGGCCCCAGAUAGCUUGUUGUGAUCCAAACGUACCAUGCACGGCUCCUCCAGUCACGACCCUGCCACCUGUGACGACCCUACCACCACCAGGUCCCACAGCUUGCGUAAACGACGCCAGAUGUCCGGUGAACGAAAACCCAAACAAUCCAACCCAUCUGCCGCACGAAUCAGACUGUGGACAGUUCUACAAAUGCUCACUGGGCCAGCGUUGUUCAGUCACGUGUCCACCUGGGCAGCACUUUAGCGUGGCCCUCAGUCGCUGUGAUUGGCCAAACAUUGCCUGCUGUGACCCGCGGGUUCCUUGCCAAUCGGGACCAUCCGCCGUGGCCCCUGCAACAACCACAGUUGCCCCAGCGGUUUGUCAGCCGGACAUCGGUUGCCCACAGAACGACGAUCCCGCCAAUCCGCUUCAUUUGCCUAACCCAACGUCCUGCUCUUCCUUCUUCAAGUGCCAAACAGGACAAGCUUGUCUCAUAUCGUGUCCACUAGGACAGCACUGGAGCCGGCAGCUGAACCGCUGUGACUGGCCCAACGUAGCCUGUUGUGACGCUGCCCUUUGCAGACCUUAGGACCUGAGCUCGUCUACAGUGAACACAUGUAGUUGGCACAAUAAAAUAACGGGUCGGUUAAGUUGAACACCGAUGUGAUCCAAA